AAAAUAUACAAAACAGGGCUGUGUACUAGUCAGCUUUUCAUUACUUAGCUAAAUACCCAAAGGACCGAUUUAAGAGGGAAGGAGUUGCAUUUCGACUUUGAAUUUGGAAGUUCACACUCUAAGAUCAGGUAGCUCCCUUGGUUUAUAUGUCUGGCAUCCUCAGGCAAGAAAAUGUUGGGGGAUGGGAAGUGGCAAUCACGUGGUGAAUGCUGAAGCAGAGGGAGAUUCAGGAAGCACACUUGACUCGCCUAACCGACCCUCCCAUGAGAGCUGCCUUGUGAGGGCAAGCUCUCAGCCACCUAACCACCCCCGCCCAGCCCCACCUCUCAGGAUUAGAUGGGGUCUUCACUAGUAAUCCACCCACCAUUCACUAAGACGCUGGAGUUUAAAUAUCUGCUUGAGUUUGCGGCGGCCCAGUUCUGUUUAACCCACAACAGGCUGUUAAACGAAGAAGCAGUGGAGACAAUCACCCCCUUAUUAAUGAGGUUUUAUGCAGUAGGUGUUAAUCCUUGAAGACUCCGUUUCAGCUCACCUUAGAACAGUGACUGUCUUAACUAGGGGUUCGUGGAGACCCAUGUUUAUCAGGCCAGUUUGUAAGUGCCAACAACGUAUUUUUUAAUUGAUUUGUUUACUGUGUCAGAGCAUCUAUACAUACCGGAGUAUUUUACAGGAAUGGAGAUGUCAAUUUGGCAUGUUUAGAAAAGGCUACACUUAAGGUGAGCCAUCCAAGGGGUCUUCAGACAGUUCAUAGACGUGCAUAUUAUGAAAAAAACAGUAUGGACUUCAAAAUAUGUUGUCCUGAGGUAAACAUGUUCUAGUCCUAUUUUUCCAUGAAUCUUUUGAAUCCCCCAAAUGCUCGUAUUUUAAUUCAGACUUGGGAUGCAGGACCUUAUGUGUCAGAGACGCAGGUUCUCCGUGGCAGUGAUGAGAGUCUGAGUGUAAUGAAAUGUGGCCUCCAAAGCAGUGACUUGAUCUUUGGAGUCAGUAGAGGUUGCACCGUGGAUUCAGUGGUGGAGGGCGUGGAGUCAGCCAUGGCACAUCUUUGGGUCAGUGAUACUCCGUCUGUGGCUUUGAGGGCAUGGGACUAGAACAUCAGGGGUGCGGCUGGUUGUGAAGACUUGUGUUACCCCUGGAGCCUGUGUUAGCAGUGAGCUUUAUGUGAGCAGCAAGCAGAACUCUGCCCAUUGGAACUCCCAUGGAUGGGAGGGGAGCAGUCCAGCAGGGUGGUUCAGCCGAAAGAUGUGGGCGGUCCUGUGAUACUUCAAGGGGCCCAAGAAGGGAUGCUGUGCCCCUUACAAUUACUUACAACAGAAGUGGUUGUAAAUGUGGAAAACCAGAAAGAAUAAUGGGAAAAUCAUUGCAAGCAACUUCAAUAUUAAAGAAAAUAGCCAGUUAUGAAAUUAACCUACAAAAAUCAAUAUCCUGGAUACACAUCAAUCUAAACCAGUGGAACAUAUACAUUCACUAAGUAAGUCAAUAGAUGGAAGGAACAUGCAGGCACAGAUGGACCAACACCAGGAUACAGUUUCACUUCACUGAGACUCUUGGCAAAACUGCAUAAUUUGAAUUCAGUCAUGGGAGAUAACGGGCAAAGUGAAAUUGAAGAAAUAUCGUAUAAAAUAGCAAGACAGAACUUUUCAGAAGUGUAAAGGUCUUGAGAUAAAAACAGUAUCCGAGGAAUUCUUAGUAAAGAAGUCUGAAAAGGCAUAGUAACUAAAUGCAAGAUUUGACUUCUAUUGCAUUUAGGGAUAGACAGAUAAAAAAUUAAAAGAGCCCAACCAUAAAGCCACGUGGACAAAAAGAAAUUGAAAAUCAAUAAUACAUUAAGUAAACUUAAUGAAUCAAUGAAAUAUUUCUUGGCCCUAUUUUAAAACAUCCUUGUUUUUAGAAGAUCCAUGAAUUCACAGAUACAAUAUCUUCCUCUUUACAAUUUGCCUCAAAAAUUGAGUAAUUAAAUGUGCAUACAGUUUUUAAAGAGCUAGAAACCUUAUGUCAUUGAAAUUGGAAGUUGCAGUGGCUGGUGCCAUGAUGUAGUAGGCUAUGCCUCUGCCUGUGGUGCUGACAUCCCAUCUAGGCACAGAUUCAUGUCCAGGCUACUCCUCUCCCAAUCUGGCUCUCUGCUAUGGCCUGGGAAACAGUGGAAGAUGGCCCAAGUCCUUGGGCCCCUGCACCCACAUGGGAUACACAGAAGAAACUCCUGGCUCCUGGCUUUGGAUCAGCACAGCUUUGGCCAUUGCGGCCAUUUGGGGAGUAAACUAGUGGAUGGACGAGCUUUCUCUCAGUCUCUCAAAUAAAUAAAUAAAUUUAAAGAAGAAAUUGAAAGUUGCAAAACUAUAAACUAUAAAUAUUCUCAAAAGAGGCAAAAAUAGACUUGAAUGAAUGAAAAGGCUUAGACCAAGGCUUUCCAGAUUCAGGCUUUCAGAUGAACAUUCAGAAAGAUGUGCUUCAGAUAGAAGGAGGGAGGCACUGAAAUCACUGCGGGAAGAACAUGUUAGCAGCCCAGUAGUCAUUUAGUGGCCAUCUUGGCUAACUGUGGCAAUUGGUUGCAGUGCUUGGGUUCACGUCUACCUUAUUUCACUGAAUAGUAGCCCCAAAUUACAAAUUUUAUUGCAGUACACUGCUUUAAGUGUUUCAUAAUUGGUGUUAGUCUCUUACUUUGCCUGUUUCAUGAAUCAAACUUACUCACAGGUAUGUGUGUAUAGGAAAAAAUAUACAUGCAGGAUUUGGUGCUGCACAGGUUUCAGACAUCCAGUGGGAGUCCUCAAACACAUUCCCCAUGGAUAGGAGGGUACUCCUGCGUUAUCUGUAAGAGUAAACCACAGAGGACUUUUCUGAGUGUGUGGUUAGGAACUGGUCGGAUCAUCUAAGAUGCAUCUACAUGGAGUAUUAUACAACUAUACAAAGAAGGAAGAAUGUAUACACUACCAUGGUAUCAUCUUAGGAUAUGCUAUAAAAUUUAAAAAGACAACACGACAAAACUACGUACACUAUGCUGCAGUUUGACCUAAGAAAGCAGAUGUAUUUAUUUAUGUCUGUGUUUAUGGGUGUUUAAAUUAAAACGGUGGUGGGAAGAUAAGCCAUGACAUAAUAAAUAAAAGCUGUGGGGAUAAGACAGAAUAGAUGGGAAAGGAAUAGCGGUUUCCAUUCCUCACCGUCAACAGCAGUCCAAAACACCAAGUGGAAGGCUGAGUGAUUAAAUAAAUCUUAUUUUGUACAUGUGGUGUUGGAGGUGAGAUUUUUUUUUCUCUCAAAAUCCUACUAUAAAUUGUAGAUAAUGAUAACUUAUAUAUAUUUUUUUAAAAAAAGUGGAGUCCUUUAGUAUUCUAGGUCAGCAACCACAAGUAACUACAGACUGGUGCACAAAACAGGAAUGUAUUUUCUCGAUUAUUUCCUAGAAGGCUGAGUUCAGAGUGCCAGCAGGGCUGGUUUCUUCCAAGGGCUUGUCUGCUUGGCUGGUGGAUGCUCUGUCUUCCCAUGGUCCUCCCUCCGUGUAUCCCUGUCCCAAUCUCCUCUUCUAGUAAGGAUACUGCUCACUGGAUUAAAGCCUAUCCUCUGGAUUUAAUUUUGCCUUAAUUACUUCUUCAAUGAUCCAGUCUUCAAAUACAGCUAUACACUGUGGGGUUGACUGGGGGUUAGGACUUCAGCGUUUACACUGGGGAAAGGCGAAAGCUGGGGCUGGAGCACAGUGCAGCCAGGAAUGCAUGGGGUUGGCAGCUCUUGGUGUAACCACCCAGAGAAGGAUUCUACGUAACAAGAGCACCCAAUAGGCAGAAUGUACCUUCCUGGUUGAUGCGCCUGACAGGGUGGAAAGGAAAUGCAUAUGAGAGAAGAGCACAAAUGGUAAUCAGUCUGUUCCUUCCCUGUGGGUAUGCCCCAGGGUGGGAAAGGAAGUGCAGGUGACUAUCUACCCUGCCUGGCCCUGGGUCUUCUGCAGAAGCUGUAGCACACCCUCACUGAGACUGACUGUGCCCUCCAUGGACCCCUCAUUCCUGCUGGCCUUGCCUUUGCUCCUGGUCCUAGCAAGACCUUGCGAUACCUGUGAAUGUAAGCUGCUGCACCCCCAGACAGUCUACUGCAUGUCUGAUGUUGUCAUCCUUGCCGACAUCCUGGGUCCAGCAAAAAAUAUCGGUACUAGGAGAGGUUUCAAAAUCCGGAUGAAAAAGUUAUUCAAGGCUCCCUCAAAUGUUACUGCCUUCGACGUUAUCUACACACCCCUCGAUUUUUACAGCUGUGGUUAUCUGGUGAGAACUUCCUUCCAGUCAGAUUUACUGAUUGCAGGCUAUCUGACUAAAGGGAAACUGAUCUUCACCAGAUGUCAUUUGGUGUAUCACUGGUAUCAGCUCACCACAGAGCAGAGGCUGGGUUUCGACACGGGGUACAGUGUGGGAUGCAGCUGCAACAUUGAAACCUGCAUCCUCUGCUGGCGCAAAUGCCCUGAAGUCGAUGUUACAGACUGUGUGUGGAAACAGGACAACUGCAAAUACAAUAUCUGGACGGGAAACCUGUCCCUGUUCUCCAUGUGUGUUCCCUCGGUGUCUGGUCAGUGCCAGUGGACCAGAGCUCCACGCCGCAGGCCGACCCCCACUUCUUACUUAUCUAGGACUCAGUUAGCGCUCAGUCCCACUACUCCCCAAUCGAGAACUCAGUCAUAGCUUUUUAACAUUCUCGGUCUUGAUCUGGGUUAUGUUGACCGAAGUAGGUCAGUGUUAGAAACACUCAUGGAGUUGUUCACUGAGAUAUUGCUUACUGUCUGCAAGUAGUGUCUGUAUCAACAAAAUUAGCUAAAUAAAUCCUAAGCUGGCAAACCCCGCCCUGGUGACAAAUCUCCUUGAUCUUUUGAAUUCUUUCAUCUUUAUUUGAAAUUUCAUUUAUUUUUGAGAGAGAGAGAGGUUGUUCACAUCUGUUUGUUCACUCCCCAAGUGCCUACAACAGCAGGAACUGAAGCCAGCAGCCAGGCACACAACCUGGGUAUUUCAUGGCAAUUGCAGGGACCCAGUGCCCAGAUCUGACACCCGUCCCUUCCCAGUGCCUGCACUGAUGGGAACUUGGA